AUGCCGUUGCAACCAGAUGCACCACAAGUAAUCGGCACCUACGAUAUCGCGUACGCGCGAUUAAUGCAAAUGGAACGCAAAUUCGCGCGCGACCCGGCGCUAAGAGAAAAAUAUACAAAAUUUAUGCGCGAUUACGAAGAACUCAACCACAUGAGUAGAGUGCCGGUACAAAAACACCAUAGCGACACAGCAAUUUACAUACCUCACCAUGCAGCGGGCACGGAAAAGUUCCGUACGGUGUUUGAUGGGAGCGCGAAGGCUGAGAAUGGAAUUUCGAUCAACGAUAUUCAGCUGAACGGUGAGAAAGUUCAGCCAGAGCUGAUCACCACUCUCAUGAGGUUUCGAACGCACCGAGUGGCACUGACCGCUGACGUUUCAAAAAUGUAUCGACAGAUAUUGAUCGCCGAAGAUCAACGUGACAUGCAGCGAAUAUUGUGGCGAGAGUCCACGGAUGAACCAGUUCGCGAAUAUUGGCUAAACACCCAGACAUAUGGGAACAAAUCGGCUGCAUACGUUAGCAUACGCACCAUGGAUUACAUGGCUGACGAAUUCGCCACAGAAUUUCCAGCGGCAUCAAGGGCAGUAAAGACAUCAUUCUAUGUCGACGACGCAUUGAGCGGGAGUCAUGAUGUUGAAUCCGCCAUCGGAUUGCAUAGGGAGCUCAUCGAAAUGUUCGGCAGGAGAAAGAUGGAAUUGGCAAAAUGGAACACCAAUGAUCCAGUGAUGCGGAAACACAUCAAGUCAAGCGGAUGUCAAUUGAUUGAGCUGAACAAAGAAGAGACAACCGCUGUGCUCGGAAUGCAUUGGGAUGCAAACGAAGACACAUUCCAAUAUAUCAUUAAAAACCCAAUUCGCUUGGAGAACGCGACAAAACGUAGCAUUUCGUCCGACAUAGCACGACUUUACGAUCCAUGUGGGUAUUUAUCGUGCGUAGUCAUAUUUGCAAAAGUAGUGCUGAAAGACUUAUGGAUAGACAAACUGGAUUGGGACGACACAGUCGAGGGAGAACCAUUGGAACGGUGGAAACAAUUCGCCAUGGAAUUACCAAACAUCACGGCCGUACGAAUUCCUCGAUGGAUCAACACAGAUCUCAAAUCGAAAAAGCAAUUGCAUGCAUUUGCGGACGCGUCACAGACUGGAUAUGGUACGAAAUUCUACCUUCGGCAACAACGCGACGACGAACCGGUCACGGUGCACCUGGUAUUCGCGAAAGCACGCGUGGCUCCAGUGAAGGGAAGCACAAUUCCAAAGCUGGAAUUAACAGCAUGCCACUUAACGGCACAACUAUUGGAGGGAACGAUCAGAGAGGCUGCACCAUCAGCACCACACAUGGGUGGGCUGCACGAAGCGGCGGUGAAAAGUGCGAAGUCUCACCUAAAACGCGUCAUAGGCGGUCAACAGCUGACAUUUGAACAACUAGCGACAUUGCUAACACAAGUGGAGGCCUGCUUAAAUUCCAGGCCCCUAAUCGCAUUGAGCGACGACGCAACCGACGAUUUAGCACUGACACCGGGCCAUUUUCUCGUCGGCGAGCCACUGGUUGCUUCGCUUAGUCGGGACUACACGACAACAGCCGCCAAUAGACUGAGAAAUUUCGAGCUAAUGACGAAGAUGACUCAAGAAUUUUGGCAGAGAUGGUCACACGA